AUGGAGGGUUCCUCACGUCCCCGUCGUCAGUUGACUGGUCGGGACUACCGUGUCCCUGAGGAAGAGCCUUUGGAGUGGGAGGAGGAAGAUUCGGACGACGUCCGAAGUGGUGGUGAACCUGAACGAGCCUUCCCUGGUUUCGGAGACUACGACGACAAUGAUUUGGAGAGCCUCAGCGACUCAGAUACUCCCAGCAAUGAUAGUGAGGAUGAUGAUGAAGAAACCGGAAAGGGCACCAACGACCAGAGUUUCCUUGCGAGCAUCCAUGACAAAUUGACCAGAUGGGGUGCGUUCAAGAAAGACUGGAUCGGUAUGACCGAUUUGGAGCGAUACCUCCGAGCUGAGCCGCAGAAAGGAAUCAAGCAUCUCAAACGUCUUGUGGGAAGUCUGCGCCAAGGUGCAUCUAUUGAAGAUUUCGAGAAGCAGAUUCCCCCUGCUGAAAUCACAAACUUUUACUGGUCGGCGAAGAACGAUCUAGAGCGUCUCAAGGGACAGAAAGUCAUGCUCGUCAUUGGAUUCUGCCCUCAGUAUGAGAUCACUCUUGAUGGCAAUGCUGCAGAGAUUGCGCCUGGAGAAUCUGAGUGCCUUACUCAGCUCAUUGUAUCUUGGCUGGCCCGUCAAUCUGAUGGACUGCUACUUGCAUGGGACUUCAGACAUGACUGCAGAAAGAAGAACAAGCCUGUCCAUGGAGGAACAGCAUAUGCUAAGUGCGCACCCAUCGACAAGCUCAAGACGGAGACCGAGCAGCUGAACUACCUUUCAUACAUUCUUCUACUUGUCGCUGAGAAGCUGUACUCUAUUGAUAUCCAAGGCACAAUCUCGUUCUCGGCAUGCACCAACCAGUUUGUGAGAGUGCUUGAUGUCCCUCACAUCACACUCCCAGAACAUAUUUCUCGAAUCCGCAAGAACCCAAUGCUGGCGGUCAACCUUGUCAGAGGUAUGCGUAAUAGCGGACUCUAUGGAGAUCAGCAGGAGGAAGAACUCUACAAGAGUCUGUCGAAGUUCCUAUCCUUGGGACCCGGAAGAGAAUCUGGCAGGCGGUUGGUCAAUUUGCCACCACUUGACCAACUUGGACAGAAAUCGGCAGCCCCGAUUUCCUUCGAGGAGCUCAUGUCAUUGGUAACCACAGAGCGCAAGGAGUAUGGUCGCACUGCCUCAAUCAAGUCUCGCCGCAAGACCAAAGAGCGCGAGGCAAAUGACCCGGUCUACGCAGAAAAGAGAAAGAAGGCUGUGAAGGGAUAUAAGGACAAGGAAUAUGGCAAAGUCAAGAAGAUGCGAGUCGAGGAUCCAAAAGCUUAUAGGAUUCUCCGCGAUAAAAUGAGCGAAAACCAGCGCAACUGGCGUGCCAAAAAGCCCGGCUACUCAGCCGCCAACAACAAUAAAGUCGCGCAGAAGAGGCUCGAUGACCCAGAGUUCGAUCAGAUGUUCAGGGAGCGAAAGAAGCGCAUUGAUAAAAAGUGCAAAGACAAAAUAAGAGCCAAGAAGGCCGAUGCAGCUGGAGCCGCAAACGUUAUUGAUAUCGAGGCCAACAAGGCUGGUGUCGCCCAUGCUCUCGCUAACGGAUCUCCAAAGUCACCAAAGGAACUCCCCACACGAGAGCGCGCAGCUUCCAAGACACAGUCAAGCUCGCACACCCGUAAAUCAUCGAAGAGCGUCAAGUAG